AUGAACACUGAUCACGAAAAAUCUUGCAAUCACAAACAGAAAUUGCAGCCUGCUACUCAGAAAAUCAAUACACCACUUCUACAUAUAUCAACGGAGAAUGGGGAUUUCGAGAUGACUAAAAUACUUUUGGAAAAAUCUCCAAACAAAGUUAAUGAUGUUGACGAUAGGGGAUGGACUGCUGCACAUAUUGCUGCGGAGAAAGGGGAUCUCCGCAUUUUACAGCUCCUUUUAAGGAAAGGUGUGGAUGCUACAGGUAGCACUGAUGCAAAAUUCACAACAUUGCACAUUGCCUGUCUGAAUGCUAAAUACGAAAUGUGUCAUUUUUUACUGUCAAAUUUUCCUGCUUUAAUAAAUGUUGUGGAUAAUCGAGGAUGGAAUGCUGCACAUUUUGCUGCGCAAGGAGGAGACUUUCAUAUUUUACAGCUUCUUGCUGAACAGGGGGUCUCCAUUACAGGGACCACUAAGGACAAAUGCACUAUUCUUCAUAUUUCAUGUAGUAAUGGGAAAUAUGAAAUGUCCCAAUAUAUACUGUCAAAGUAUCCUGAAAUGAUAGAUAAUGUUAACGAAUUUGGAUGGAGGGCUGUUCAUUAUGCGGCAGAAGGAGGAAAUAUUCGCAUUUUACAGCUUCUGAUUGACAAAGGAGUCUCUCUAAAUAUAGCUACUGACAACAAAGAAACCCUAUUACACAUUGCAUGUUUGAGUUCUAGAUACGAUAUUUGUCAAUAUUUACUAUCAAAUUGCCCUGACAAUCUACAAGACGUAGAUGAGCGAGGAUGGAAUGCUAUACAUUUUGCUGCACAAGGAGGAGAUGUUCGCAUUUUAAAGCUUCUUGCCGACAGAAUGCUAUCUCUUAAAGAAACUACGUUUGAUAAGUGUACAAUACUUCACAUUUCAUGUAGUAAUGCCAAAUACGAUAUGUGCAAACACAUACUACAAGUGCUUCCUGAAAUCCUACAUGAUGUCAACGAAUGGGGAUGGAAUGCUGCACACUAUGCUGCGGAGGGAGGAAACGUCCAAAUAUUAAACUUACUUUCUGAAAAUGGACUUGAAAUCUGA